AUGAAGGCGAUUCCAACGGACAAGAAUGAGCUUAUUGAUCUCUCAGAAAAAGAAUAUACAGACAAUACAAACGAAUUAGCUAUUGUUCACGAGUUUCAAGAGAGUUAUUCGCCUGAUCGAUCUUUAUGGUGGUACACACGUGAAUCAUUCUUGUAUCGAAAAUUGAACAAGGCUCUUCGUACGUUGGAUAUUGAUGUAUUGUUUGCAUUUCGCUUCUUUAUUCGUGACAUUCAUGAACAACUCGAACGUUAUCGAUGUUCAUCACCCAUUCGGAUCUAUCGCGGUCAGCUUAUGGCAACCAAUGAACUAGAAAUGUUGAAAGCUUCAAUUGGACAACUAAUUUCAAUGAAUUCAUUCCUCUCGACUACGACCAAUCGUCGAGCAGCUCUUUCGUUUCUCUACUCUUCAAACUUAUCGGAUAAUUUAGAAUGUGUAUUGUUUCAAAUCGAUGCUAAUCCUCAUCUUGAUGGUGUCAAACCAUUUGCUGAUAUAAGUUCACUCAGUUAUUUUCCAGACGAAGACGAAGUAUUACUAAUGUUAGGAUCUAUUUUGCGUCUGGUCAGCAUUGAUGUCGAUGAACGAGGAGUGUCGAUAAUCCGAUCGACAUUAUGUAGCAACAGUGAUCAUGAUGUGCAAGCUGUCUUCGACUAUGUGAAGAAACAAUAUGGUGAUGCAGAGACAACUACUCUUUCAUUUGGUCUCGUGCUAGGUCUAAUGGGCAAAUACAAUGAAGCAGAGAAAUAUAUUCGUCGUCUACUCAAGGAAUUACCGUCAGAUCAUGAGGACAUUGCUGCUUGCUAUCAUGAUCUUGGUGAGAUAUUAGAUAAAAAAGGCGAUUAUGAUUCUAGUCUACAGUCGCAUCAGAAAGCGCUCGAGAUUAUGCUUCAAACACGUAGACCUGAUCAUCCAGACAUAGGGACUAGUUACAACAGUAUUGCUGCUGUUCAAGUAAAGACUGGUAAUUAUACGCAAGCAUUGGAAUCAUUCAGAAAAGCAUUCGAGAUUUGGAGGCAAGCGUUUGGAGAAGAUCAUCCUAACAUAGCCUUUUGUUUAAGUAACAUGGCUGGUAUCUACCAAAUAUCCGGAAAAUAUGCAGAGGGACUCGAUAGCUUGAAAAUGGCAUUACGUAUUCGACAACAUCAUCUCCCAGCCAAUCAUCCUGAUAUAGCCGAUACACACAAUAAUAUCGGCCUGCUCUAUUUCACUCUUGAUCAACUUGAUCUUGCCAUUGAACAUUUCAAUAUGUCGCUCAAAAUUAAACAAAUAUGUCUUCCUCCUAACCAUUCUGAUAUUGCUAUGACAUUGAGCAAUAUGAGUCUCGUUUAUGAGCAGAAAGAGGAAUUCAAUCAAGCACUUUCAUAUCUGCAAAGAGCAGCCAACAUUUGUCAUCAGACACUAGAACCUACUCAUCCCUAUGUACUCCAUAUUGAGCGACUCAUUCAACGUGUUUCCUCAAAACUAAAAUAG